AUGUCACAUCGACAUGCUCGACCGGAACACGGCAUUGCUGCGUCCCUCCCCUGUACAGGAGUAUACAGAUAUCAGGUGUAUACUGUGUCAUCACACUACAGGAGUAUACAGAUACCAGGUGUAUACUUUGUCAUCACACUACAGGAGUAUACAGAUACCAGGUGUAUACUGUGUCAUCACACUACAGGAGUAUACAGAUACCAGGUGUAUACUGUGUCAUCACUACAGGAGUAUACAGAUACCAGGUGUAUACUGUACAGGAGUAUACAGAUACCAGGUGUAUACUGUGUCAUCACACGACAGGAGUAUACAGAUACCAGGUGUAUACUGUAUCAUCAUACUGUACAGGAGUAUACAGAUACCAGGUGUAUACUGUGUCAUCACUACGGGAGUAUACAGAUACCAGGUGUAUACUGUAUCAUCAUACUGUACAGGAGUAUACAGAUACCAGGUGUAUACUGUAUCAUCACACGACAGGAGUAUACAGAUACCAGGUGUAUACUGUAUCAUCAUACUGUACAGGAGUAUACAGAUACCAGGUGUAUACUGUGUCAUCACUACAGGAGUAUACAGAUACCAGGUGUAUACUGUGUCAUCAUACUGUACAGGAGUAUACAGAUACCAGGUGUAUACUGUGUCAUCACACGACAGGAGUAUACAGAUACCAGGUGUAUACUGUAUCACCAUACUGUACAGGAGUAUACAGAUACCAGGUGUAUACUGUGUUAUCACACUACAGGAGUAUACAGAUACCAGGUGUAUACUGUGUCAUCAUACUGUACAGGAAUAUACAGAUACCAGGUGUAUACUGUAUCACCAUACUGUACAGGAGUAUACAGAUACCAGGUGUAUACUGUGUUAUCACACUACAGGAGUAUACAGAUACCAGGUGUAUACUGUGUCAUCAUACUGUACAGGAAUAUACAAAUAUCAGGUGUAUACUGUAUCAUAACCUUGCAGACUUACUGGCGUAUACGGCGCUGAUCAGAUACAGUGAAAGGCAGAGUACAUAACUAUUACAUUGUGAGACGUCUCUAAUUGUAGACAUUCUCUUUCCUUAUUCA